AUGUCUGAUCUCAAAGCCUCGGUUGCCGCAACGACUGCUGGGUUUCAUGUCGAGGGUUAUGAGAAGAUUGAAUACGACUUCACCUUCAUUGACGGAGUCUUCGACACAAAGCGACGGGACCUCGCCGACUGCUACACGCGGUGGGGACGAUGCCUCGCGGUCAUGGAUUACAAUAUCUUCAACAUCUAUGGCGAGCAAAUGCAGAAGUAUUUUGAUCACUACAAGAUCGAUCUCGACAUCCACAAGACCAUGAUCGGGGAGAAAGCAAAGUCCAUUGACACUUUCUUGAGCAUUGUCGAUUCUAUGAACAAAUUCGGAAUUUAUAGAAAGGAACCCGUACUAGUCAUUGGGGGUGGACUGGUCACUGAUGUUGCUGGUUUUGCCUGUGCUGCCUACCGCAGAAACACCAACUACAUCCGCAUUCCUACGACCGUCAUCGGGCUGAUUGAUGCUUCGGUGUCCAUCAAGGUCGCUGUCAACUACGGCAACUACAAGAACCGGCUCGGCGCCUACCAUGCUCCAAUGCGCACGUUUCUCGACUUCACCUUCCUCCGCACUUUGCCAAAAGCCCAGAUCCGCAAUGGCUUUGCUGAGCUGAUCAAGAUCUCCACGUGUGCUCACCUCCCAACCUUCGAGUUACUCGACAAAUAUUGCGAGCAGCUGAUCGACUCUGGCUUCGGCCGGUGUGACGGUGCACCUGAAGAGGUGCGGAAGGCGGCUGACGCCAUUAACCGGGCUGGCAUCCACGAGAUGCUCAAGCUGGAGACGCCCAACCUCCACGAGAUUGGUCUUGAUCGAGUCAUUGCCUAUGGCCACACAUGGUCGCCAUUGCAUGAAUUGGUUCCCGAGGUUCCGCUGCGUCACGGACACGCAAUCUCAAUAGACAUGGCCUAUUCGGCAACAUUGGCCAACAUGCGUGGCAUCCUCAACGACACCGAGCAUCAACGGAUCCUGCGUCUAUUUUCACGGGCAGGAUUGUCCAUGGACCACCACCAAUUCGACGAAGAAAUACUCGACAAGGGCACCAAGGCAAUUCUGCGGACCCGAGAUGGGAAGCUCCGAGCCGCAGUGCCUGCUCCGCUUGGGUCGUGCAUCUUCCUGAACGAUGUAUCCAUGGACGAAAUGUACGCUGCGCUCAAGCGACACAAGGCCUUGAUGAAGGAUUUCCCUCGCAACGGAGAAGGGAUUGAAGCCUUCGUUGACGCAAGCGAUACCGGCUACACGAUAAAUGGACAGUCGGUGGAGACGAACGGCGUUUCCAACGGUCUGAAGUCGUUGCAUGUGCUCAACGAUGACGUUAAGAAGAACGAGAUCAAUACCAACGGCCACAAAGACAUGGACGGGAAGAUGACCAACGGUGUGUCAACCGCUACAAAGCAUGCGUCGGAUCCUCAAAAGGCCGACAGCCUGAUCGAGGUGAAUGAUCUGGGCGAUGAUAUUGCUAAUGGCGUUAGCAAAAGGGUUGAAGUUCGGGCGUGA